AAUUUUAAGUUGAAAACAAUCAAAAUAAAGUAGUAUGAAUUACAAACAAGUCGGUUUCAAUGAAUCACAGUCCUUCCACGUGUCGCGCGUGCCGGAGGAGUGCGAGGUCAGCAGCAUCCGGCCCGUGCUGCACAGUAGCGAGGAUGUCAAGCGGAUGGUGGAGGAGAGCUCCCGGGCCAGGCUCAUCUCACAAAUAGUCGCCGCUCCCGAAGACUACCUGUCCAGAGACUUCGCUGCAUCCUUUAAAUGCGCCACAAGAGACACCGAUCCUCCACAGUUCGCGACCUCGCACAAAUCCCGCCCAGAACCGAGGCGGCGGACGACCAUCCCUACCUACCCAUCCUUGGUGCAAUCUCUACGAUGGAGUCCGUACGUGGAAGUAUCUUCCCCAGAAAGUUCUCACACAAACCUUCUAGAAGAACACCCAAAAUUCAACUGCAAAUGCGAAAGCUGUUCGGUCAAAAAUUGCCCUUCGAGAGUGUCUUCUGUGGGCACUCUGAAGCCUGUCGCAUUCAAAGACAAUAUUAUGACGUUUUCCGAUCGCUGCACGAUGACUCCGCGGCUCAACGACGCGUGCUGCGGGGUCUGCACUCCCAUUCCCACCACUCCGAAGAUGUCCGACGUGUGUGUGCCUCCCGAAAUUGCCGUGAGAGACACAGAGACAGUUACACAUUUCCCGAAUAUGUACACCAAUGAGAGCUGUGCGCCGAUACCGAUAUUAAAAAGACCUGAGUAUAGCCAGCCUGCGUGCACGUACGGCUACUGCGGCCACGCGACUGGUCACGUCCCAGUCGGGAUACGCCAAGAAGCUGUGCGAGAUACAGACAUAGGGGAGGACUACUGCGAGCCCAUCAAGCCCAAGUCUCUCAAAAACUUCUUUAAGUUCAAAAAGAAACAUGAGCAGCCUCAUUGUAUGCCAGAAUACGGCAGAGCAGUCAUAUACAACGAGGGUAUAAGCGACAUGGUUGCGAAUAAGUGUACAAUUCCAAUACCACCAAUUCGUGUUCCGUCUCCUGUAGCUAUUAAUAGGGAGAGCAGCAAAGUCUCCGUCAGAUCAAAGACCAGGUGUUAUCUUGACAAUGAUGAUGGUAUACCGUACGCGCAUAGGUCUGAGUCAAGAUAUCACCAUAGUUGUAAGAAGCCAAAUUUGAGACCUUCGUACCACUGUUGUGAUGCUGACGAGGUGCGGCACUUGGUGGAGAGCCCGAAGAUAGUUCGGAAGACGUUCACGAGCACAAGUAGACCGGCGAGGAGCUACAGAGUGCCUUCGAUAUCGCUCCCGAGGAAGGUGCUGACGUCAGAGGCCGACAUAGAGUCGUACAUAGACAAGGGGCGGCAGGAGUCAAACACUGAAAGCCAGUCAAGUCGCCGUAAAAGGAAUAAGAAAUAAUAUUAUAAGCGUGUUUGUGAUUAUUUGACUUGCAUUGUUUACACCGUAAUGGAUAUCAAACGUAUCAAGAUUAUU